GAUUACAGAUGGGGUAUAUGACGUGACGCCAAAGAUGAUAAGUAUCACACAUCCCUAUGUCCAACCUUUCUUUACUCAAUCUUUCUUUCUUUCUCCCUCCCUCUAUAUAUACCAACAACAUCUUUGAUUACACACACUGUUAAACAAAUUCACACGCAAAAGCAAUCACAAUCCCCCCCCCCCCCCCCCCUUGAUUUUAGCCCAGAGGAAAAAAUGGAAAGAGCAAUCGAGAGGCAAAGAGUCCUGUUAGAGCACCUUCGUCCCUCUUCUACUUCUUCAUCCUUGGAAAAUCUCUCCGCGUCGGUCUGUGCAGCUGGUGAUAGUGCUGCUUACCAAAGGAACUCUGUUUUUGGGGAUGAUGUAGUCAUUGUAGCUGCCUACCGGUCUCCACUCUGCAAAGCAAAGAGAGGUGGGCUUAAGGAUACAUAUCCUGAUGAUAUCCUUGCACCCGUUUUGAAGGCAUUAAUAGAGAAAACAAAUAUUAAUCCAGCUGAAGUUGGAGACAUUGUUGUCGGGUCAGUUUUGGGAGCAGGCUCCCAAAGAGCAAGUGAGUGCAGGAUGGCUGCUUUCUAUGCUGGAUUUCCUGAAACGGUGCCAGUUAGGACCGUCAACAGACAGUGUUCCUCAGGUCUUCAGGCAGUUGCUGAUGUAGCUGCAGCUAUUAAAGCUGGAUUUUAUGAUAUUGGUAUUGGUGCUGGGUUGGAAUCUAUGACCGCCAAUCCUAUGGCUUGGGAAGGAUCAGUGAACCCCAAAGUGAAAACUAUGGCACAGGCUCAAGAUUGUCUACUUCCGAUGGGCAUUACAUCGGAAAAUGUUGCGCAAAAGUUCAGCAUAACAAGGCAGGAACAAGAUCAGGCUGCAGUUGAGUCCCAUAGGAAGGCUGCUGCUGCAACUGCUGCUGGUAGAUUCAAGGAUGAAAUCAUUCCAAUCAAAACUAAGAUUGUUGACCCGAAAACUGGAGACGAAAAGCCUGUUACCAUUUCUGUUGACGAUGGGAUCCGCCCAGGAACAAGUUUGGCAGAUCUCGCAAAACUAAAACCCGUAUUUAGGAAAGACGGGUCAACCACUGCUGGAACUUCCAGCCAAGUGAGUGACGGUGCUGGAGCUGUUCUUUUGAUGAAGAGAAGUAUCGCUCUGCAGAAGGGAUUACCGAUUCUCGGUGUAUUCAGGACUUUUGCUGCUGUUGGUGUACCGCCAUCAAUAAUGGGUAUCGGCCCUGCUGUUGCAAUUCCAGCUGCAGUUAAGGCUGCUGGGCUUCAAAUUGACGAUAUUGACCUUUUCGAGAUCAAUGAGGCAUUUGCAUCACAGUUUGUAUAUUGCCAAAAAAAGCUAGAAAUCGACCCACAAAAGAUCAAUGUCAACGGAGGUGCAAUGGCUAUUGGACACCCUUUGGGUGCAACAGGGGCGCGUUGUGUUGCUACUCUACUGCAUGAGAUGAAACGUCGUGGCAGAGACUGCCGAUUUGGUGUUGUGUCAAUGUGCAUCGGCACGGGUAUGGGUGCGGCAGCUGUUUUUGAGAGGGGUGACGCGUGUGAUGAGCUGUGCAAUGCUAAAGCUAAAUAGAUGAUGAUCAUCUUAUCUUCCAUCAGUUGUGUUUACAGGAGAAAGAACAUUUUUAUUAUUAAAAUGGGAUUUUUACAAGAAUAAUAUGUGGUUGUAGCAAGUUAUGUGUUGGUAUUGUUUCCAUUUUGAAUUCAUCUUUGCUUUGCUGAAAGUGAUCAAUUUCUGUCGGGUCAUGGUUUUAUUA